AGGGACCUUAAAGCUCUGGGGCGGCAAGGCUGGGGGUGCCCGCUCCGCAGGUACCGGCGGACCUGGGAGCGGAGCAGUGCGGCGCCUGUCGCUUCCCGCGUGUCCUGCCCGCGCCAGGAGAGGGUCCGGAGCAGCUCUCGCGUGUCCUGCCCAGGUGUGCCACUGAAGGUCCAGAGCGGCUUCCUCGUGUCCUGCCCGGCCGUGCCAGGUGAAGGUAGAAGGACACAGAAAAGAAGAUGGACUGGGGAACUCUGCAGGCUGUUUUGGGAGGUGUAAAUAAGCACUCCACGAGUAUCGGGAAGAUCUGGCUCACAGUCCUCUUCAUCUUCCGUAUCAUGAUCCUGGUUGUGGCUGCAGAAAGAGUCUGGGGAGAUGAACAGCAAGAUUUUGUCUGCAACACACUUCAGCCUGGCUGCAGAAAUGUUUGCUAUGAUCACUUUUUCCCCAUCUCUCACAUCAGACUCUGGGCCUUGCAGCUGAUCUUUGUCUCCACACCUGCGCUGCUUGUGGCCAUGCAUGUGGCUUACACCAGGCAUGAGAAGAAAAGGCGGUUCAGAAAUGGUGAGAAAAUUGAUAUUGAAGAGCUAAAAAAUGAAAAGAUUCACAUUCGGGGCCCCUUGUGGUGGACAUACACUAGCAGCAUCUUCUUCAGGAUCGUCUUUGAAGCCGUCUUCAUGUACGUUUUCUAUUACAUGUACGAUGGCUACCAGAUGCCUCGCCUGGUGAAGUGCGAUGCUUGGCCCUGCCCCAACACUGUGGAUUGUUUUGUUUCUCGGCCCACUGAGAAAACCACAUUUACUAUUUUCAUGCUUGCUGUAUCUGGAAUCUGCAUGAUGUUGAAUCUGGCUGAGUUGUGCUACCUAGUGAUAAAAAUUUGCAUGAAAGAAUCCAGGAGAACAACAGUUUUGAAAUAAUUCCCCAGUUUCAGGAUUUACUGGCUCCCCAUUUCCCUUAAACUUUCUUAGGUGUAAGAAAACAAUAAACAAUAUUUUCACACUCAAGGAAAAGGAUAAAAAUAUGAAUGUUCAUUUGUGUUUUAAAAAUGAUAGCCUCUCUGGUAAGCUGAUGCAGAGGCAGGUUUUAAAGAUCAUAAGCUAAUUCAAUAUUCCUGCAUCCACAAUUACAGAGAGCAGCCUUCUGGCACUAGCUUCUUCAAGUAUGCUUACUGCUGGGAUCCUGUUGUCACUUCAAAAAGUGGGACUGGAAAGGACCAGAGAAGGCUCUAGUGCCCAAAGGAGAUCCAGGAAUCACAAACACACUGUUGGCUCAGAUGCAAGCCAGUAACAAAAGUUUUUGGUUUAAAAGUGGGGUAAAGGAUUUUUGGGGCAUAUUACAGCUUUUGAAAGGAAGAAGACAGGGAGAUGAUUGUGUUUGUAGUAGGUGUCCUCUCUAAGUAAUCUGGAGAGCAAGGAGAUGGUGUAGGAACACAGAUAUUCUGGCAAUGCAUGCUAUCAGCUUUGCUGGGCACCAGCAUCUUUUUUUGUUUCUCAUCUUCUUGCCUGCACUGAGAAGCAUUUCCUUAAGGGUUGGGGGUGGCCAGUUUCAAUUGCCUGUGAAUGCCAUUAGGUCAAUGCUGCCUCUCCAUAGUCACAGAGACUGCAGCAGUGGGAGGAAUGAAGUUCAUUUUUCAUUCUCUUGAUCAGAUGAAAAAAAGGAAUGUCACCUCUGGGAAGGUGGAGACAGUGCAAUUGUCUUCCUCCUUCUCUUGUUCUCCCCCAGUACUUUGUUAAGAAUCUCAGUACAGCAGACUUUAUCUGAUGAAGAGACUUUUUACCACCUAACUGUGCCUCACUCUUCUGUACACUUUUAAAACUUCCUUUUUUCAGUAAAAACCAAGAAAAAAGCGCCUUUUUUUGUUCUGUUGGUUAUCCAAAAGAAGUGCUUCAACUUACAGCGUAAUAUCCAGUGCUCCUUCCAUUGCUCCUUUUAUUCUGCCUAGCCUGCACAGCUUUUCUUCAUAAAACCUUCUCCCUAUCUAAGGUACCUUUCAAAUGAGUUGAGCAAACCACUCCCGGUCUUUCCGACAUUCCACAUUGUGAGAUUAAAUCACCAUUCCUUUUCUUAGAGUUGGUCUAGCAGGAAUUACACACAGCUUGCAGAGCUAAAAUAGCAAAGGGACCCACAAAGUUCACAUUGCUGUGCUCCCAUUGAACUCACUUCUAGAAAGCUGUUUCUCCUCCUUAGCUUUAAUAAGCAGCUUUUCCCCAGCUUCUCAGCUUCUCAAUUUGUAUUCAUCUUUUACUGUAUAUUUAAUUUUGUCACUGUUGGAGUAAACAAAGCUGCAUGAAUUAAGACCCAUGACCCUUCACUGUGCACUGAAAGUGGAACAUAAACAGGCUUCCAUUGCUUGUGAGCUACAUCCAGUGUUACAACUUGACUGCAGAUGGAAAUCUGUCAUCUAAGAGGGAAGCAAGAAAACCAUAAAAACAACACCAUCCUCAGAACCAUGAACAAAAAGAUAGACCGUCAUUCAUAAUGAGCUGGACUGGAAACUUAGGCUGUGAAAACAACCUCGAUUCAACUCCAAAGAACACAGUUUGGCACAUAUCAGGUUUGUGCUUAACACAGUUCCUGCAUUGUUUCAUGUACAAGUACAAAGAGAACAAACUAGUCCCAGUGCUCUAGUAUUACAUUUCUUUUGUAACAAGAAUUUUAUUUUUUUUUUCUGAAAUUAUAAUUAAAGCACUCUUGUGUCUGUUUUCUGUAUUA